AUGGUUCGGCGGGAGCUGGCUUGGGAGACCCACGGAUUGCUUCCCCUGGAGAGACAGCUCCAUGAGGCCUCACGCUGGAAUCAGGUGGAGAGGAUGAAGGAGCUGUUUGAGAAGAGGGUUGACAUCAGGGCUAGAAACCAUGUGGGCAGAGUGGCCCUACACUGGGCUGCAGGUGCCGGGCAUGAGCAGGCUGUGCGGCUGCUCCUGGAGCGUGGGGCUGCUGUGGACGACGCGGACUCGUUUGGGAUGAAUGCGCUCCUCCUGUCUGCCUGGUUCGGCCACUUGCAGAUUGUGCAGAUCCUGGUCAAUGCUGGGGCCAAGGUCCACUGUGAAAGCAAGGAAGGCCUGACCUUACUACACUGUGCUGCUCAGAAAGGCCACAUGCCUGUGCUGGCCUUUGUCAUGGAAGACCUGGAGGACGUGGUUUUGGACCAUGCAGACAAGCUGGGAAGAACAGCGUUUCACAGAGCUGCUGAGCACGGACAGCUGGAUGCUCUGGACUUCCUCGUGGGCUCUGGCUGCGACCACAGUGUCAAGGACAAGGGCGGGAACACGGCCCUGCACCUGGCUGCCAGCCAGGGCCACGUGGAUGUGCUACAGAGGCUUGUGGACAUCGGGCUAGACCUGGAAGAACAGAACACGGAGGGCCUGACUGCUCUGCAUGCAGCCGCUGAAGGGAACCAAGUCAACUGUCUGAUGCUUCUCCUCCAUGCUGGGAGCAACGUGAAUGCCCUUACCCAGAAAAGGCUGAGCUGCCUCCACUACGCAGCUCUCGGUGGCUCUGAGGAUGUGUCCUGGGCACUCAUCAAGGGAGGAGGGUGCACAAAUGUGGCUGACAAGCAGGGGACCACUCCUUUGCACCUCGCUGUGAAGCACAACUUCCCUGGCCUUGUCCAGCUCCUCAUAGAUGCCCACAGUGAUCUGGAUGCAGCGGACUUUAGGCAGCAGACUCCCCUCCACCUUGCCGCUGAGCAUGCCUGGCAGGAUGUGGCAGAGAUGCUCCUCAUUGCUGGAGCUGACUUAAGCCUGAGAGAUAAGCAAGGUAAAACAGCCCUGGCAGUGGCCGCCCGUAGCAACCGCGUCAGCCUGGUGGACAUGAUCAUAAAAGCUGAUCGUUUCUACCGAUGGGAGAAGGACCACCUUUCAUGCAGGGAUGGCAGCGACCUCUCUAGGAAGAACUUAACCUUUAAGCAAGACCAUCGUCAGGAAACACAGCAGCUCCGCUCCGUGCUUUGGCAACUGGCCUCCCGGUGUCUGAGGCCCAAUGAGUGGAAGAAACUGGCCUAUUCCUGGCAGUUCACGGAAGCUCACAUCUGUGCCAUCGAGCAACAGUGGACAGGAACUAGGAGCUACCAGGAGCAUGGUCACCGGAUGCUGCUCAUCUGGCUGCAUGGUGUGGCCACAGCUGGGAAGAACCCCGGCAAAGCACUCUUCGAGGGCCUCGUGGCCAUUGGCAGGAGAGACUUGGCCGAGAGCACCAGGAAGAUGGCAAAAGGUGAGCCCACGGCCCCAAGGAGGUGUACAGCCAUGUGAGCUUCGGGAACACCUGGAUUACCUGCAUAGAAGAGGACGUCUCUAAGGGCUUUCAGAGCAGUUCCUGCUCACAGACCUCCAGCUGCCGCUACUGAACCAUAGAGCAUAGCAGGAAAUGCCAGUACUUUCUGAAGGAUGGGCCACGAGUCUGUUCUAGGUACUCUGGGUCAUCCUGUCCCAGGUGUGGCCCUUUCCAGCUCUCAGCUUAUUUUGUUGUGUUUGUGAGGGUACAUGUGUAGGUACCUGUAUUACGGGUGUGUGGAAGCUAGAAGACGCUUGGCAGGGGGUAUUCCUCCCCGGGCUCUGUCCAUCUUGGGUUUUUUGUUUGUUUGUUUGUUUUGUUUUGAGACAGUCUCUCCAUAUGUUCCCAGCAGUUCUGGAAAGCCUGGUUUUGAGGCAAGGCCUCUCAUUGGCCUAACUAGACUGACUGGCCAGUGAGCCCAGUGACCCUCCUGCUUUGCCCCUCUAGUCCUGGGCUUACAAGUGUGUGCCGCUGUGCCCUGGGUUUUAUGUGGGUUUUGAGGGUCAAACUCAGUUCCUCAGGUGGCAUGGCAAGCGCUGUACCAACUGAGCUGUCUCCCUGCCUCUCAGCUCAUUCUCACUUCCAUUAUCUUAGAACACCAGGAGGUGCAAAUACUCCUGUGGUGCCCUAGGCUGUAAAGGGGUGUCUCCACAGCCUAGGGCACUGAGGACCAGGAGGAAAAACAGCUUGCCCAGUCAUUCCAUAAAUCAAACCAGCUGCCCUCCAACCCCAGCCUGCAGGAAGAGCCUAUUCAUUCAAACUGGAUGGACAGUCCUUAACUCACCAGGGACAACUCAGUGUUCUCUAGUGCUAAGCAGAGGGAAGCUGCUGAGCUGGUUCCACAGCUGUUUGCAUUUGUUUGUCCAUUUGUAUACACUGAGAGCCCGGGUGGCUCCCCCUGCUCUUCCCUCUAAUUGGGUAAUUGGUUAUAUAAUGGGAUAUAUACCUGUUUAAAGAUUUUGAUCUUUCUUUUUUUCAUCUUGAAGUCACUUCAGACUUAAAAAAUAGAACUGAGAAUGUUCAAGUGUCCUG